AUGCCUUGUGCGAUUGCUAUCGCUAUCACUUGUAUUUUUGUCACGUUAGUUGAAAGUGGUGCUGAAGGACACGAAAAGAUAUCAACAAGCGUUCCUCCCAGUCCCUUCAACUCAGAAGACACAAACGGACGCCUUGCAAGAAAGAGUGAAAGAAAUGAAGAAGCGCUAUCUUCGAAAAAUAACUGGGGUUUCGGCGAAGGACUUGUAGAAUGGCCAGAAGAGGACAAGGAAAAGAAAGAAGAGAAGAUCACAGAAGGAAUUGAGACAACCACAGAAUACUACGAAGAAGUAGAUCCUAACCAUAACGGUUUAUUAAAAGACAUUGGAUCAAUAAAUGUCGGAUUCGGCGUCGGUGUUGGUGUGCCAGGUAAUGAUCCAGUAAGCGUCGGAGCAAGAGUGGGCGUCGGCUUUGGAGCAUCAGGUCUGGCUGGACAACUACCUAUUGGUCAAAAUAUUUAUCCAAGACAGGGUGAGUGGCAAUCACUGAAUGACUACGAUGGGAACAAGGCUAACAUUGUUCCCGAUAAAGCACGAAAGUAUUGGCAGGGAGUGAGGGAUGGAACCAUCAAAGUCCCACAUUACAGACCAGCGAAGUCGCUUGUAGGAGUUGGAGGAAACAUAGGUGUCGGAGGGUGA